AAAUGCAGGUCGUAUGACACGGAGGCAUUGCCGGAGAACUUCUGCAUCAUUGAAAGUCGCGAGUCUGUGAGGGACUUUGCAAAGCUGCAGCUCGAGGAGAUCAGCCAGAACAUUUCCGCGCGCCGCAACAAGAUAUUUUUGCUUAUGGAGGAAGUGCGGCGGCUGCGCAUUCAACAGCGCAUCAAGACAAAGGAGGAGGAGUUGGGAGAAGAGAGGUAUCCCAGUGCGCUACCUUUCCUGCCUCCCCUGACAGAUGCUACCAUCAGCGGGUACUUUCAGUUCUACGCUGCAGCCUGUGCUGUCAUCAUCAUCUUUGGCGGCCUGCUCUCGCCCAUUCUGGAAGUGCGUCUGGGCAUUGGAGGCACAUCGUACGAGCAGUUUAUCCGGUCGAUGCACCUGCCGGCGCAGCUGGCGGAGGUAGACCCCAUCGUGGCAUCCUUCUGCGGCGGUGCUGUGGGGGUCCUGUCCACGCUGCUCGUUGUGGAGGUUAACAACGCCAAGCUGCAGGCCAAGACCCGCUGCGUCUACUGCGAGGCGCGCACUGAGCCCUCCAAAUUACAAACAUUCCCGUGCUCCGCCCUCAUGACACCCCUCAUUGGCAAGACAUCGAAUGGCCCAAUGACGGUUGCAGGGGAGCGGUGUGGGUCCUGUUCAGGCACGGGCAAGGUCAUGUGCAUAGCCUGCCUGUGCACUGGCAAGAAGGUUGCCCGUGAGCAUGACAUCAGGCUUGAUCCAUUC